GUUUGAAACAGCAAAGCAAGCACUUUCCAACUGACGAAUAACCGGAGUAAACGGACUAGUGUGGUACCUUGAUCAUUUAUUUUGAACAAAUGUCUUCAGAUGAAGAGGAACCAUCUAGUCCUGUUCUGCCCAAAGACUCAGACCCAGGUAGCUCUGUGUCCUCAGAGCUUCAGGAUGAGUACGAGGAGCUCCUCCGCUAUGCUGUUGUUACUCCAAAGGUUGACACACUUGUAGGUACUCAUCUGAGGGGUCCAAUUUCCCUAAGUAAAGAUGGUGCAAAGCUGAAGCAUCUACAAGAUCCUGCAAAAGAGGCAAAGGAUGGAAGACAUUCCAGCAGAAGCAUAAGAUCAUCACAGGCCUCUCCUUUGGUUGUUGAGCCCUCCACUCACUUAAAAGCCUCUCAAGCUGGCAGAGCGGCAGGGCGGGCAUCUAGCAGGACAUCACUGCUCUCAGAUGCUCCUUCAGAGAGGUUACGGGUGCCAUCCGCGAGGUCCAGGUCAAACAGCCCAGACCCCCAUGAGUUUUUCGAGACAGAGAUGUUCAUUUCGGAGGAGAACAUUAACAAGAUGGAGAACAUUCUGGACACAUGGAGCAACAAUCUGAAGACAAAUGUGCUGAAUGAAAUACGGAAGUGGAAGUUUGCCUUCAUAGAGCAACACAGGCUGGAAAUGAUGAAGGAGAGGGAAAGGCAUGCGGCCCAAAUAGCUGGUGUGAAGUCAGAGGUAGAUGGCCUUAAGGAGUUACUACAGUCCUAUGAGACUUCAAACCAGAGAAAAGAUGAGGUGAUUGUGAACCUGAACCAGGUGUUGGACAGACAAAAACAAAACAUUGAAAAGAUGAGGGCUUUUACCAAGUGGAGACUCAUGCACAUUGAGACAAAAGAAGAGGCUCAUGCUGUUCAAGUAGCCCAGCAGCACUACAAUUUCCAGCUGAAGAAGAAGGUGUGGUUAGGCUGGCACUCUUUAGUCCAGAAACACUGGAAGGUCAAGGUGGAGCAAGCUUGCCGUUCAAGGGCUGAGGAGGUCUGCUCUCGCCUAUCUUCAGACUACGAAGCCAAGCUGACAGAGCAAUGCAAAGCUUUAGAGAAGGCUCAGGCAGAGAUUCGUAGACUGCAAGUAGAACGAGAGGAAUAUGAAGAAUCUAUGAAGAAAGCCUUCAUGAGAGGUGUAUGUGCGCUCAACAUGGAGGCUCUCAGUAUGUUUCACUCCACAGAGGGACGACCAGAGCAACCUCCAGUUCAUGAACAUCAAGACUCUUUGCCUUCUCAGGAAAAGCCUGGUCCGUCUACACUGGCUCAACUUCGUCCAUAUCCCAGCUCCACCACAAGGUUCAGUCCCGUCCACUACGACCACCCAGACCCUUCCCACAGUGAAGCGGAUGAAAUGGUGGGUUUGAGAGGCCCCAUGUAUCAGGAAGAGGUACCCCCGUCCACUACAGUGGUGCACAGCUCACUUCCACUUGGAGGCAUUGCAAGUUCCCACAAACAGGUCAGUGGUCGUAUUGUGACAGCAAGUCAGCAAAAGCCUUCAAAGACUGUAACGGCUCGCAUCACUGCACGCACUAAUGUUGAAAAGGCAGCACGGACCAAUCUCCAGGUGAUGGGAGUGGCUCCACCCAUGAGCUCCGUGAUUAUUGAACGUCAUCAUCCUGUUACACAGCUUACCAUCGGACAGGCCACAGCUGCUAAGUUUCCUCGAUCCUCACAGCUCAGCCACACUUCCACUGCAGGCCGAGGGUCCUCCCGACCGCACACUGGCACAUGCCACGUGCACUCCAUCAAAGUAGUUGACUGAUCAUACAGUCACCAUGUGUACCUCUAAGACUCAACUCAUACUAUGCAACAUUUCAUGGAACAGUUACCUAAUGUUAAGUCACUUUAAUCUGAUAACUUUCCUUGAUUUGAUCAGCUUCCAUUCAUCAGUAAAAAGCACAACAGGAAUUUUGUCAGAAGAGUUGUGUAUGAUUGUUUUUAUUAAAUUUUUUUAUCAUUAUUAUUAUUGACAGAUUUUUUUAUUGUAAAAAGGACAUUUAUUCCCUGUGAAGGUCGUACUUUAAAUUAUUGACAGUGGAAGGAUUAUUUUUACUGAACAAAAUCACAUUGUGUAUCAAUCUAUGAUGUGAUAACUACCAACAUCACAGCUUGUUUUACUAAGCCGCAGCCAUAUUUUAAUGAUGUGAUGCACAAUGCUAUUUUUAAAAUAAAUAAUUUCUCAAUA